AUGUCUUUGCGUGAGUGGGGUAUUGAUGGCAUAUUCACUUUGACAGUGGAUAAUGCUAGUUCCAAUUUAACCACAAUUAAAUUUUUACAAAGGGUAACAAAAGAUUGGAAUGGGACAGUUUUAGGAAAUGAGUUAAUGCACAUGAGGUGUUGUGCCCAUAUCCUAAAUCUCAUUGUUGGGGAGGGUUUGAAAGAAAUUGAUGCAUCUGUUGCUAGGGUGCGUGAAGCUGUGAGGUAUGUGAAGUCCUCGCCCAAUAGAAAUCAAACCUUUAGGAAUUUUAUGGAGAGGUUAGGUAUGGAGUCCAAGAGUCUUCUUUGUUUAGAUGUACCUACUAGGUGGAACUCAACUUACCUUAUGUUAGAAACUGCUGAAAAAUUCGAGAAAGUAUUCCUUAGGAUGGACUUUGAAGAUGAUGGUUAUUCAUUAUAUUUUAGGAGCAAGGAAGAUAGUGGUGGUUUGGGAUCUCCUUGUAUGAGUGAUUUCCAAAAUUGUAGGGCAUUUGUGACUUUCUUGAGACUUUUUUACAAUGCAACAAAGAAGUUCUCUGGCUCUUUGUAUGUGACCUUAAAUGCCUUUUUUGAUGAGAUCUUUGUUAUUCAGGAGAGUAUUUCUCAUUUAGUUAAAUCCCAAAACACCCUCUUGAAAAACACGGCCACAAACAUGCAAACUAAAUUUGAGAAGUACUGGGGGGAAGGUGAUAAAAUUAAUCCUCUUUUGUAUGUGGCUGUUGUUCUUGAUCCACGAAAAAAAUUGAGAUUUUUGAAGUUUUCUUUUUCUGAAAUUUAUGGGAAUGAAGUGGGGAAUGUGAUGGUUGAUAAGGUGAAAGCUCUUUUGAUGAAGUUGUAUACUUUUUUCUGUUCUGUUAAUUCCCCAAAUGUGCAAGAACCAAGUGGGGUUGAGAGGACACCAAUGGUAGGUGACGCAAGUGAUCCAUAUGUGAUGGCUCACUCUCGAUAUGAGCUUUUCUUAGAAGCUGAGCAAUCUAUAGGUUGUAGUAAUGAGGUUGAUAAGUAUUUAGCUGAAAAUUGUGAUGGUAGAAGGGAUGUGAAUUUUGAGGUGUUGGGGUGGUGGAAGGACAAUUCUAGUAGGUACCCAAUGCUGUCCAAAGUGGCUAAGGAUAUGCUGGCUGUACCAGUUUCGACUGUUGCAUCUGAGUCAGCAUUCAGCACCGAAGGCCGCAUUAUUGAUCCAUUUCGAAGUUCUCUCUCUCCUUUCAUGGUUCAAAACCUUGUAUGUGCACAAAAUUGGCUUCAAGCCACAGUGCCAAUUUCUCAUCGCCAAUCAAGGGAUGAGGUUGAGGCAUUGGAGGAGGAAUUUCAUGAUUUAGGUAAUAUGUUUAAAUUCUAG